AAGCAGUCGUUCAUAUUGUCGAGUGUUCGAAGACAUCUAACAAUAAUGCCGCAAAUUGCGCACUCGCGUUUAAAAUUGAUAAAUAUGAGGUUGUUGCUAAUGGGAUUCUUCUGUGAGCGGUCUUCGUUAACAGGUGAAAUUCAUUUGUUGCAUACAACAAGCUGUAUGUACCUGAAUGAUUUGUUUGAUUGAAGUCGAGGGAGUUCAAUUUGACAUCAAAGGAUCCCAUCACGCUAUAUAUCGGUAUACAUGGUCUACCUUUCAUAAAUUGGAUUGUCAAUGCCAGGAAAAAAAAUGUAGCUCUUUUCACGAUACAACCGAGAAUACGUCCUCUAUCUCAAACAUAACUUAAAAUAAGGACCGGGAUUUAAUAAGUUGGAAGCCAAAAUUAAAAAAGCCACAAGCAAAUUCAGGCUUAGAGGGGUGUUUACUUGUAAUUUUUAAUUUUUCCAUAGAGGACAGGAAAUUAAAUUUCGAAGUGCACACAAGUUUAGUACAGGUGCGUCUCCUAAGAAUUCCGCUCUGACUAGUUUUCCCGAGAAUGAAUCAGCAUGGGAUCCGGUUUUUCUUUCCAUAAUCACCAAAAUACAACUGAGACCUAGGAUUAUUAAAUUUUUACCUAAAGAGAAACAUGCAAGGGCGUCCAUGUACGAAAUCUCUUAAACAUUGUAAAUUGCAUUUUCCAAAACUGCAGAAAAAAACAAAUAAAACGCCAGAAGGUAUUUGCUUUUAAAGCUUUUAUUUGAAAGGCCAGACAACAGAGUAGAAAAAAAAAAGAAAGUUUGAUUUUACAACUUGAUCGACCCACGAAUAGACACAAAGAACCGACAGAGCCGAAACCGAAAAGCAAACGCGGCGUUUGAAACAAUUUUCUCAGUUAAGGCCAUUCUAAAAAUGAAUUAUGUUAUGUUUCCGCUCAGUCGACAGAGGGUACGGUACCCCUGUUUUUUAAAAAAGUAAUUACGUAAACAUCGCCAGAUUCAUUGCUUCCUCUCUUCAUUUUCGUCUGUUUUAAUGGUAUGGUACAUACUAACGUGAAUUAGCACCCUCGUGAACCAUGAGUAUAAUUUUUCAUUCCUUUCUCGUUUCCCUGAACAAUUGAAACAGUUUCAUGACAAUAGGUUUGUGCCUUACAAACAACCUGUUAAUUGAAAUAGCCUAUUUGACACUUCGAAAGAAAUAAGGACACCCAGGGCUGACGGAAGAAUAGCCAUUAUAUUGUUAGGGACGCAAUGUCAAAUUCGCUGCAGCCAUUUUGAGUGCCGAAAUCGUGGUGGAAAAGUUGAUGCGUUAAAAAAAGCUGUUGAAGCAAGAGGUUGAAGAUGGCGAUAACAAACUUAUCUGAAGAUGGGAAGCAGAUAUCAUUGGACCGACUGCAAUGCUCGGUCGAUUUGACCAGUGAUAUACAGUAUCAUUUGACGGUUGUUUUAGUGUUAAAUAUCGUUAUGUCAAUUACUGCAUUUCUUGGGAAUACUCUGAUCCUAGUUGCUCUACACAAGGAGUCUUCCCUUCAUCCGCCGACCAAGCUCCUGUUUCGUUCUCUGGCAACAACUGAUCUCUGUGUUGGUGUUAUUGCACAGCCAGUAGCUGUUUUGCAGUGGAUGUCUGUGGUGAACGAGAGUUGGAAUAUCUGUCGCUUCGCAAUAAAUGUACAUUUCGUCAUAGGUUACACCCUGGUCUCUGUGUCCUUGUUGACGCUGACAGCAAUAAGCGUAGACAGACUUCUCGCCCUGUUGUUGAGGCUGAGAUAUAGACAAGUUGUGACUUUGAAGCGAACAUUCUAUAUUGCACUUUCCUUUUGGAUAGUGUCCACGAUCGCUACAACUAUGCACUUUUGGAGUUCCUUGCUUACCCUGUGGUAUGGCCAUGUAGGUCUAUUACUUUGCCUUGCAACCUCGAUCUUCUCUUACACAAAGAUUUUCCUCACACUCCGCAAUCAACAAACUCAAGUGCAAGGUCAUGGCCAACGAACGAUCCACGGAAUUCCACUGAACAUAGCACGAUACAGAAGAGCAGUCUCCACCGUAUUGUGGUUGCAGCUGGCAUUUGUUGUCUGUUUCUUACCCAACGGUAUAGUGUGGGCUUUGCUGAGCCAAAAGAAAAUAUCUCCAUUUGUACUUCUUGUUAGGAAAUACACAAUCACAUUAGUCUACUUAAACUCGUCAUUAAACCCGAUUCUUUACUACUGGAGAAUAAGGGAAAUAAGGCAAGCUUUAAAGGACACUAUCAAACAACUUUUGCAUUUAUAGUUUUGUGGAGUUCAUAUUUAAAACGCAGUGUAUAAUCUAUAGCACAGCACGUUUUUAUGGUUGUUACAAUUUGCCAAUAAUGACAAUAUCACACUAACAUACGAGAAACAAAAUGCACUAAUUUUCUUCCUACUCGUUCUUCUUCGUUCCUCUUCAACUCGUUCUUAUUCCUUGUUUUAUGGACAAAUGUUCAUCCUACAGGGAUUUGCUAAAAACUCUAAAUAAACCGACAUAAGCUGAGCACAACGGUCCCAGCCCCACCUACUUGCUUGACUUAAUACAACUUGGGAAUUGGUCUUAUAACUUGAGAGACAAUAACAUUCUUAAUCUCCCUAAGGUACACACCACUAAGUACGGCCUUAAAUCAUGGCAACACUUUGGAUCCAAAUUAUGGAACAGCCUCCCGGACUCAACCAGAUCCCCGGCCAGCUACAAAACGUUAAAAUAAUGUGGACAUAAGCUGGCAUAUGUGAACUUAUUUUAUCAAUUUUUUCCCUUUUCGUAUCUUACUUUUGCAUAGUUUCUAUCCGUGCAAUUUAUACACAUUUUUAAUAUUCUUAUACAUUUUUAGGUAUUUUAUAGUAGUUAUAUAAUCUUAGUUAGGUUUUAAUGGUAAUUGAACUGAGUGGAGUGCAAUUUGGUCUGAAAUCAUACGCGCGUGAUUUCAAAAUUGAACGAGCGCGCAGCGUGAUUGCAAGUAUGAUUUCAGACCAAAAUUGCACAACAUAAAGUUCAAUUUUGAUCAGUCGCCACUUUAUCAAAUCCAUUUUUAAUCGCCUUGGUCAGUACCAGUAUUUUAUUGAUCCAGUAGCCGGAUUGUUGAAAGCAGUGCCUGAAACGCUUUUACAUCUCAUUUUGUAUGCAAAACAGAAAUAGAUGCAAUUUAGGGCACAAAAAUGAAGUGAGAUGCGUAAAUAAAUUGCUCUGGCUUUCCUGUAAUUUAAUUUCUAGCCUUGCGGAAAUAAGAUCGGUUGGUUGUUUUAAGUGUUCCAUUCUCAAUGGCCAGGAAAAAGAUGCGAUUUAGAGAACAAAAAUAGUGCGAUUCGAGAAUAAAUUACACUGCUCACAGCCAAUCAGAUUGCAAGGAUCACCAGUGACUUCAAAAUGUAUGUAACAAAGUUUGAUAUUUAUUCCCAAAUGUAAAUUUUUACUUUGUUAUAUUGUUUUCUUGGCGCACCUGUAAACUAGCUGGUGCGUCCUGUAGACUCUGCUUACUAAGUCUAUGGGACGCGCCGUUACAUAGCUAAGUGUGUUGUGCAAGUAAAAUAAACUUUGUCUAUCUCGUUCUCUUCUUUCGCUAUCUCCUCCUGCUUCUCGUCCUAUUAUUCUUCUUCGUCUUCAAGACUACGCAGUUACAUUAUGGUUCUUGCUGAGAUUAUAGGAUUCCUGGUAAUAUCCACGCCUUUUGUAGACUGUUGGAGAGAAACUUCAGACCUUUCAUAUCAGUGAACUUCGAAAAGGAGAAACUCAAAAUUUCACAAGUUCACCGACUUUGCUUGUCUAUCUUUAUUUCCUGACUUGUGGCCAACUUGACACUGCCUCAGCAACAGGUUUUUUUUCUGGCUGCGGCCAUGGCAAUGUUGUUUUCGGGAAUUUAAAUAACCUUUAUUCCUGGAUGUUAACAGAAACAUUCUCCUUACUGGGACCCAUAGACCUCCUAAUAAAGCACAUAUAAAUGUACAUGUACAUGUAAUAAUAAAAUUAUCAAAGUGCGAGUAUUUGAUGAUAUUUAGUUCUUGAAGCCCUGAUGUCAAUAUACAAGUGUCUAUUCUUGGCCUGAAACCAUACAUUCCUUGUUGUACUUGUAAGAGAGUUUCAUGUCUCUCAGAUUGUCUACUUUAAAUUCAUUUGAUACAUUUCCAAAACAGUUCAAACAAAAGCAAACUUUAGUGAGGAGUAAAGCAGUAUUUCAUAAACAUAGAUUGAAAUGCUGCGUAUUGCUUGCCUUUCAUACAUGAAGCAAAAUUAAAUGCACAUAAUAAAAUCCAAGUAACUUGUACUGCUGACUGAUUAUUAAACAAUAUCCUCCUCUCAGACACUCGAUAUUUAGAACUCUACAAAAGAGGGUAUACCUUGUGAAUCUCUCUAAAAUGAGUGUACUUGGCAUCUCUGCAACUAUUGAAUAACUGUGUUUAUACAAAUGUUACCAUGCGUUAUUGUGAAAUGAAAUAUACAUUGUGUACAUUUUAGAGUUUAAAAAUACAUAUUUAGCAAAAUUAACAAAAGAGUUGUGCAACACGUUGAACAUUAAACUGAAGUCUGCCUGUAGUUUGACGUGUCCAAAACUUGUUUUCCACACAUUGCACAG